AGUUAUUGUAAUGUGGAUCCAAGUUACUGUAACUUUAUAAAGCUCGUCAAAGCUUCGUUGCCGCGCCAAGAAUCGGCAUGGCAUAAACUUGGUCACCGAACAUAGCCGACUUCAGCCGAGUCGGAUCGAAGCUUUCAAACAUGGCAGCGGGAGCGCUCACCGCUUGUCAACAAAGUUACUCGAGUCUACUUCGGCUCGGUUGCCGCGCGUUCGCGUCCUGCAUUUUCUUUACGAUAAUAAUUUUUCAUUUAGUAAAGUAAUAAUAGGUUUUUUUAGUAAGAGUUGAUAUUUACUUUGUGGUGAAAGUGAGUGAAUUGUUGUGUUGUGAAAUCAGUUUUGUGUUUUGGAGCUUUUAUUGCAAAAGUGCUUUUUGUUGGAAUAUUUUCUGCCCAUGGAUGAAUAUUAUAUUUUUGCAAAUAACGCCUGGGCAAAUAUUCCAACAAGUAAUUUUAUAGAUCCUAUUCUGGAAAAGCUUGUGAUGUCGAAAUGUCCGUGUAUUAGUGGUAGUAAAGUGUCAAAUGAAAUUGUUGAAGAUUAAUCAGAAGUUAAAGUGAAACGAAUGGCAGUAGCGAUGCGACGACUCGACAGCGCAAAGGGCUAAAUGCCGUAACGGGGCAUGUUUCCGCCAUCAACAUGACCAGCAUGUCUCGGACCCUAUCACCGGACACUUCGGCCACCUGCGAUGAGCAGGGCAGGCGCCGCUCCGUAUUUUAUGUCCCAUUGUUCGAAAGCUUUGACAAUUAUUUACCGUUGACACCUGAAGAAAAAGAUGCUAUCAUAUGUGGACUGAACAUAGACGAAGUACCCGCAAAAAAUAAACGAAAUCUUUCAUCAGAAUUUGGCGGAGUCAUACCACGCAAUGAUGCUUUUUUGAAUGGCAGUGAAAGCGAUAUAACUGAAAGACGAUAUCGACGUCCUUUAUCGUCGAGAAUGAGUUCCAACGAAGCGCUGUCGAGAAGAGACCGAUGCGAUCUCACGAGCCCGAGACUCGUUGCCGAGAGUAGUCUUAUAAGGCAUUCGAAGCCGAGAUUACGAAGCACAACGUCUUGUGAGCCACGAUACGAUAGAAUAUAUUCCCCAUUAGGUGCAUCGUCGAAUAAACUAAACAGCUCUACAUCAAGUAUUACUGCGCGAUUGCCAUCUAAACAUCCUAUACGCAAUUCUAACUUAUCCCUUAUACCCGAUGCGCCGAAACUAAUAUCACCCGCUAAGGAAAAAUCUAAAACCUUGCCCCAAAAUAUCAAUACUCCAUCGCCAAUAAGAGGGAGUAGUAGUUCAUCAUCUAUUUUUAAAACUCCCAAAAUAACCGUAACUCCUGACAGUCCGAAUAAGAGCCCUGGGAAAAUGUCAGGACUAAAUUUUAUUCGGCGAUCACGGAGUACAAAAUUGUCAAGAAGUAAUUCUUUGCUUCGGAGUAUUACUGCCAGGCAUAUUGAAGAAGGGCUGGACGAUACUGUUGCUGUGGUGACGGAUUUAUCCGAAGAUUAUGAUAAGUUUGUUGAUGACAAUGGAGGUGAAAAAGAAGUUAUCGGUGCUCUUAUAAAGAAAAAUGAAGAGCAGGUUGCAAAUAGUCCUCUCAGCUUACGAAGGGCUUACCUCGAUGUUGAUGAUGACGUCGCUGUACAUUCUGACACAUCCUACGAGAAGGCAUGUCGGCGCGGUUCUGCCCCCAGUACGCCGGUGCCGGGCGCGCAGGCGCAGCACAGCCCGUCGCGCCUCGCCUCCUUCUUCUUCUCCAAGAGGUCCUUCCGAAGCAACCCGCUCAAGCGGACCAAGUCCGCCACCAAGCUGGAGAGGGAGCGAGCUGCGGCGGCGGUGCCGACUCACCCGGCUUCGCAUGCUUUACGAACCUCAAGAUCUCAUGAAAGUCUUCUAUCAGCGCACUCACCGGCUGUAUCCACGAUGGAUCUCGGACCACCUAAUCAGGUGGAAAUUCGCGCAUUACACUCAUCGGUAUUGGGCAGGCCCCACUGCUUCGCUCUAAGCGCAGAAAACCGCGCACCGCGUUAUUUUGCGUGUGCGUCGCGGAAGGAGCGCGAUCGAUGGAUCUACAGUUUAAGACAAGCGGCGCGGCCGGACGAGAUCCGCACGCGACGCUGCGAGCGGACGGUCAAGUUGUGGCUGCUGGAAGCUAAGGCCAUCCCGCCCAAGAAACGAUACUAUUGCGAAAUCCUCCUCGACGAUACUUUGUAUGCGAGGUCGUCGUCGAAGCUGAAGUCGGAGCUGUGCUUCUGGGGCGAGGUGUACGAGUUCGGCGGCCUGCCUGCCGUGCGCGCCAUACAUGUCAACGUCUACCGAGAACCAGAGAGGCGAGCGCGCAAGCGGGACAAACACGCCCUAGUUGGUACAGUACGUAUCCCGGUCGACGACGUGUCGUCGCGCUACCUCAACGAGCGCUGGUACCCGGUGAGCGAGGGCGACAAGCCGCAGUCGCCGGGCCGCGCGCCCGCGCCGCUGCCCGCGCUGCGCAUCAAGUGCCGCUACCAGUGCGUGGACGUGCUGCCGCUCGACCACUACGCGCGCUUCCUCGACUACCUCAAGAAGAACUACCGCCGCCUCUGCGAGUACCUCGAGCCCGUCAUAGGAGUGAAGGCGAAGGAAGACAUCGGCUGCGCGCUGGUGCUGUGCAUGGCGGGCGCGGGGCUGGCGCCGCGCUACCUGGCCGACGUGGUGGCGCUGGACGUGCGGCGCACGGGCGACCACUCGCUCACCUUCCGCGGCAACUCGCUCGCCACCAAGAGCAUGGAGGCCUACCUCAAGCUGGUCGGGGAUCAGUAUCUGCAGGACACUCUCGGGGAGGCAGUGGCCGCGGCGGCGGGAUCGGGCGCGACGGACUGCGAGGUCGAUCCGCUGCGAGCCGGCAGUGGCGCGGCGCUGCGGCGCCAGCAGUCCGCCUUGCGCGACACCGUGACGCUGGCGUGGCGCGCCAUCGCUGCCUCUGCUCCGAGGUUCCCUCCUCCACUGAGAGACUGUUUCGCCACGUUCCGCGAGAGGUUAACAUCAAUGGGUCGAGAAGAUAUAUCAGAUAACCUGAUCAGUGCAUCCAUCUUUCUCCGUUUUCUAUGUCCCGCAAUUCUCUCUCCAAGUCUUUUUGGAAUAAUUCACGAAUACCCCAACGAGCGCGCGGCGCGCAACUUGACGCUCGUGGCGAAGACGUUGCAGACGCUGGCCAACUUCACACGCUUCCAGGGCAAGGAGGCCUUCAUGGAGUUCCUCAACGACUUCCUCGAGCAGGAGGCGCCCAACAUGAAGGCCUUCCUUAGAGCCAUCUCCACGCGACCACAGGACCAGCAACAUCAACAGUUGGUCCAGUCGCAACAGCAACUAGAUGGCAGCAAGCGCAACUCCUCCGCAUCGCAAGGCUCCACGGCGGGGUCGGAGGGCUCUAGGAACGAGGCAGCCGUGGAAGCGGACCCGGAGUGGGCGCCGCACGUCGACCUCGGCAAGCAGCUGGCCACGCUGCACGGCCUGUUGGCCGACAGCCUGCCCAAGCUGCCAGCGGGGAAAAUACAGGAGUUGGACCCACUGUCUGAAAUUUUGGAGGAUUUAAGCAAAAGACUGAUGAGUAACGACAAUGGACCACCUGCACCAAUGGGUGAAAAUAUCUUCAGAUUUAACGAUCCAACGUGCAACACGCCGGCUAAACCGAACGUAGAGGUUCCAGUGAAUGGUCCAAUUAAUAAUAACUUUGCGCACAGUUCACCCAUCAUGAACAAACACGGGGUUCAAUUCAACAUCAGUCCAUCGAAGUCCAACGCUGAGGAAUCUAAGUACAAAGGGUCGUAUGCGACUGUUUCUAAAUCGCCCAGCUUUAAUUUACGCUCAGCGACGCUUCCGAGAAACGGAUACGGGUCGAGCCCAGUCAAUCAGAACGUUAACCCAGACAGAUAUAGCUCUCAGUACAACAAUCAGGAACAUUGUGUUAAUCUAAAGGUCGUACAGAUCGGUUUCGGCUCUGAUCAGUAUCCCAAAGGCAUCAGCAACGGUAUGAACGAAAGCUUAGAGAGAAGGUUCCAGGAGAGAUACAAACCUAAUAACUUUAACCAGCAACAAACUCAUUAUCACAAUUCAAAUUAUAACAGCACCGAAAGAUCUCCGAGCAGCGAUAGCAUCAACCAUAACUAUUGCGCUAACGAUUUGCAGAACAUCAUAAAAGAAACUUCAACGCUAGACGAAUUGUCAGAUCUCUUGAAGUAUGCCGAUGAUUCUGAUAUAGUCGAUGAAAAGAUCAUGAAUAAGAAAAAUAUGUCACAGUCGAAAUCCAAUAACAAUAACGUUAUUAAUGGAAACAAACAUUCUUACACAAACAACGGCUCAAAUGUGUCCAUCAGUGGGUUGUCGAAUGUCGCGAGCUCCGGAUACCAAAGCAUCGCAACGUACAGCCAAAGUUCUAGUCCCAUCGAAAAUACCACUCAUCACCAUCAGCCCUACGAGAACGGCGGGCAACCCAUGAGCCGCUACUCGCAGCUAAACUACCAAAAACAGAGAGAGAAGCAGUAUUACGAUAGCAAAAACGAGAAAUUUUAUCCAAAGAGUCCAGUGCAACAAAAAAUUGAGUACGAUAUUCAGAAAUAUGGGAUCCAAAACUUCACAACCGCCGACAACGUUCAAAGCAACACAAACGCCAAUACAAAAGUAGCUCCAUUAGUGUUCACAAACCCUGUCUACAAUAUGGAGGAUAAUAAUCGACAGUCGCAGGAAAUCAAGAAAACCAAUGAAAACAGAAACUCUAAGCGAUGUCCGUGUAGCUCUUCCAGUUCAUCCAUCGAUGAGGAGGGUCUGAGCACAGACAACGUGGAGACGAACUCCGAAGAGGGUUCUACGAAUUUCAACAACGACAGUAGAAAUUAUGACCAACAGAAUCGCAACGCGGCCCACCGAAAACUCACCAGAGAUAACUGUAAUUACGAAGACAUGUACCAGCGGAGUAACAACCAAAACCACUCCCCUAGGAUUAGAGACGACGAAUCUUCCAGUAAUUCGCCAAGUUUAAGAAAAAGUAGCAAAACGAGAAUGCCCAGAACGAAUCCCAUGCUCUCUUACUCGACCAAUCAAAAUCAACUGAACUUGAAACAUUUCGGACAAAGAGGCGAGUCGUUAUACGAAAGCAAACCUCAUCAUAUCUCAACGGACUCCGGCUAUCCGAUGAGCAGAUCUGACUCCAACGUGGAGGAAGUGAACAAAGAGAUGUACCGGUUACAAAUCUCGCGGAGUCAAAAGGCCCUGUACAAUAUGGAGAACUUGAAAAAUUCGCCUGAAAAAUUUUCGACGGAAAGCUCGAUUCCGGAGAAGAAUUAUCCUUUGGACAGGACGUAUUCGGGAGCGAAAAUAUCCAGUAGUAGACUUAAUGAAGAUUUGGAAAGGCAUCAGGAGUAUUAUGGAGUUCGAGAGAAGAGGGAUUCUCCUUCACGUGUGUUCAGCCGGGAGUCUCACUCUAGUGAAGCGAGUGAACGGGCGCCGGUGAGGAGUGAGAGGGAGAUUCCUGCCAGAGACAAGUUGCAGCGACGGCUUAGCUUGGAGUCUGCGCGAGAGCUGACCGAGAGCUCGGAUGAAGUGGACGACACGCUGUACAGCACAACUGGCAGACGACGCACCAAGCAUCACAGAACCAUUGAACAGUAUGAACGUGAAAUAGAGAGGCUAAAAUGUUCCGUGGAACUCCUUCGAGGGCGUCUGGGUCCCACUGAUUCUGGCCAAGAUCACACAGAUGCGAAAAUGAAGGCUAUCAUAUCCAGAUUAAUAUGCGUAGAGGAAGAGUUAAGGCGAGAACAGCGCAAGAUGGCCGCCGCGCUAUCGCACAAACAGCGAGUGAUCGAGGCGCAAGAGCACCGCAUCGCAGCACUAGACGAGGCCAACACGCGUUUGCUGUCUGCGCUUGUGCACUUGCAGCAGCGGGCGCCCCUCCCCGCGCCCGCGCACCCCGCACCCCACAACCCCUCCCACUCCCCCCACUCGCAACACUCGCACCAAGAGCUGCAGAUAUGAAAGUGAUAGAUAUACUUCCAGGGGUAACCUGUUUGGUAUAACAUAGAAGCGUACGUGUAUAAAACUAGUGCGGAUAGGUCACUGACGCUUUAAAAGUGCGAACGUAAUAUACGCAAUACGCAUCCCAUGCAUAUGUAAGAGAAAGAUAUACUUUCAGAGAUAACCUGUUUCGUGUUUGUUAAAAAAUACAUAGUGAGCCUACGUAUAUGAAAUUUAGGUGAGGUCAUUAAGUGUGAACAUAUUAUACGCAUCCGAGCAGAUGAAAGAGAAAGAAAUAUGCUUUCAGAGAUAAUAAUAUAUUUGGUAGAACACCAUACUCCAGUGUCUUACGUAUCCAAAUUCCACGUGCUCGUACGAAGCGAUUCACUUCCUCGUUUCUUAGAACAUGGAAUGCCGUUCCGCUUUCCGUCUUCGCCGCUAACUACAACAAUAUUGGGAUUGGCAAUACAAUAUUGAGUUCUUCAAAAGCAGAGUGAAUAGGUAUUUUCUAGGCAAGCGCGCUCCACCUUAGGUUUCGUCAUCAGUUUGGAAUGACAGCAAUACAAGACAUGUCUAUUUAGUUUUUAAAAAAACGUUCAGUGCGCCUUCGUAAAUUAUCCAAACGUCGUGAGUGCCCACCAAAAAUCUCGCUCGUUAUGAUUUUCAAUACGAGUAUGCUUGAGAUAGAGAAACGUUGAGUGUUGUGAGGAUAUUGUACGAUAGUAAGUUUCCAUGACUGCCAACUUCCAUCAGCCCCAAAUUUCAAUAUAAGCUAAAGGCAUAAUGGAUUAUAACUGAGGAGGUUCUCGCGGUAGUGGAGCGGUGCGGGACGGGUAUGAUGUGAUGACGUGGCGCUCAGUGAUUCGUCAAUUUGUGACAACUGUCACCCUCCCGCACCGCUCCACUACCGCAGGAGCCUACGCAGUUAUGCGCUACCUAUAGCAUCUUUGUUAUUUCUUCUCAGACAUAUUUUUCUAAACUUCAUAUUUCGCUUUAUCGUAGUGCAGAGUUGAUAAUCUAAUUCCUUUAGAAUUGGCUGUUCAUUGCCCCUUUCACAUAUAUAAACAUUAAACACUACAAAAAUUUAUAUCUUAAAAACAUGACUUAUUGAAUAUUUUUUCAUGUAUAAAUUAAACUUUGGUAAUAAAUUUUUGCACAAACUUAUUUAUGUAUACGUCUUUAAUCGACGUGGCAUUAGCUACUUGCAUUUUAAACUGUUUUUUAUUAUUAAAUUUACUUGAUAAGCUUAUAAUUUUGCGUAUUUUGCAAUAAAUAAAUUGUUAUAAUAUGUAAUUGAGCUUUUAUCACAACGGUUUACUCUGCCAUUAUGUAUUUUUGUUAAUAAUUAUGUUGUUUCUUUAGUUUUAAUGUAAAAUGCUUUAACUGACAUUAACAUUUCGUUCUAUAUCAGUAUUUCGUAUGAUUAAUUCUGGUUUAGUAUUUUCACAAGUGACAAUGAUUGUUUUGUUUAUUUUUUGUAACAAUGAUACCAAAGACGUUGAAUAUCCCUUAAAUAAAUAAUAUGAUGUAUAUACUAGUCAAGAUUCAAGACAGAUUUUUGGAUAUUUUCUUGUGAAAAAGACAAUAAGUAACACGAGUAGGUCUCUUUAUCACUUGGCAACUAGUAAUUUUUGCUGACUCGGCGGUAUGUGCUUACAAGCUUCAUCAGAAAUCUUGACUAGUAUUUACACUGGUAUUUGACUAGAGUUGUAGUGGGAUAUUAGCACCCCCUGUUUUAAGCUCUAGCGUUAUAUUUUAAAGUGUUAUAGAUUUUAUAAUAAUGUAAGACUUGUAUAAUAAUAUUUUAGCAAAUAUGCCUAUUUGUAGGGAACCGAUAUCGCAAAGAGAAAUAUUUUUAAUACCUUUGAGUAUUAUAGUGUGAACGUAGAAUAAAAGUAAAAUUAUACCUAAUACCACCAUGAUUGAAUAAUUUUUGGGCAUUUCCGAAAUGCUUUGAACAAAUUCGACAUUCGUUUUGUAUGAAAUUAAUUUCAUGUAUUGCAAUUUAUAUUCGAUUCGACAACUUAGUUGUUUUUCAGUGAAAAAUUAUUUUUAGCCAUAACAUUGUAAAAUACCUGAAUAGGUAUAUUAUUAUAAUAUACUUAUCACAUUAAAUUAUGGAUUACGUA